AUGAAGAAUAUAAGCCUGAUAGAGAUUGGAGCCCAUCGGGUGGUGCCCUGGUACUUCUCUCCGUAUCCCGAGGAGUACACCAAACUGCCUGUGCUAUAUCUGUGCGAGUUCUGCCUGCUGUAUGUCAAGUCGAAGACCUGCCUGAAGAGACACAGGGUCAAAUGCGGCCUGUUCUAUCCACCGGGGAACGAAAUAUACCGCAAGGGCGAAAUAUCAUUCUUCGAAAUCGACGGGCGCAAGAACAGGACCUACUGCCACAACCUCUGCCUGGUAGCCAAGCUGUUCCUGGACCACAAGACCUUGUACUAUGAUACGGACCCCUUCCUGUUCUAUGUGAUGACUGUGCGGGAUGAGUAUGGCAUGCAUCUAGUGGGGUACUUCUCCAAGGAGAAGGAAUCGGUGGAAAACUACAACGUCGCGUGUAUCCUGACCAUGCCGCAGCACCAGCGCAAAGGAUAUGGCAAGCUGCUGAUUGAAUUUAGUUACGAAUUAUCUAAAAUAGAGGAAAAAACAGGCUCACCGGAGAAGCCUUUAUCAGAUCUGGGACUGCUGAGUUACCGAAGUUUCUGGAGUCAGAUGAUCGUGGAGGUGCUCAAAACGACAGACCCCAGUGUACAUCUGUCGAUAGAAGAGGUUGCUAAGCACACGGCCUUCACAGUGGAAGAUGUCAUGCAUACCCUCACAACCAACAACAUUAUAAGAUACUUCAAGGGAGGUUAUGUGUUCUGCUUGUCGCAGGAUUUAUUAGACGCACACGAGAAGUCUAUGAAGAAACAACGGAACCGCAUAGACGGUGACAAGAUACAGUGGGUCCCCGUGGAUUGGGCAAAGAGGGGCAAGUGGUAGAUAGGAAUAUAAUACAUACAUAUGCAUAUAUGCAUACAUACAUAUGCAUAUAUGUAUACAUAUAUAUGCAUAUAUGCGCAUGACCGGCAGAGUGGUAGAUCAGCUUAUACGGAGGCGGCAUUAUGUACAAACGAACAUAGAAUAGAUCAUUUCUCAAUUAUGCAAUAAAGACACAACUUAUGAUGGGG